CAGAUGGACAGCUGCUGUCAUGUCCAUGCCAACACCUCAUUUGCUCUCUGCAAAUCUCAGUGGCAAUCCUUGGAACGCAAAACCAGAAGUCUCAACAACCAACGUGAAUGUCAAAUGGCCGAUUAUGACCAAACUUAACCCUGUCAGUUUGUCUCAAUCUCCUUCUUGCUGGCAACCUCUGUGUAUAAUCCCCAGUGAGACUUCUUAGUAGAGUAUAAAACCACACUCAGGGUACCUGGAAAGCACAGGACUGGCACACCACAAGAGCUGACAGUCAGAGGAGACCUGACGUCCCUUCUCCCCUCCAUAGAUCUUCUCCCAUCCUUUCUCAAGAGCCCACACAAGCCAAGAUGAACGGCACUGAGGGUAAAAACUUUUAUAUCCCCAUGUCCAACCGGACGGGGUUGGUGAGAAGCCCAUUUGAAUACCCCCAGUACUACCUAGGAGAACCGUGGCAGUACAAGAUGCUGGCUGUCUACGUGUUCUUUCUCAUCUGCUUUGGCUUCCCCAUCAAUGGCCUGACACUGGUGGUAACAGCUCAGCACAAGAAGCUUCGGCAACCUCUCAACUUCAUCCUUGUCAACUUGGCUGUGGCUGGCUUGAUCAUGUGCAUCUUUGGGUUUACAAUAACCUUCUACACCGCCAUUAAUGGCUACUUCGUCUUUGGGCCCGUGGGCUGUGCCGUUGAGGGCUUCAUGGCAACUCUUGGAGGUGAGGUGGCUCUCUGGUCCCUGGUGGUGCUGGCCAUUGAGAGAUACAUAGUGGUUUGCAAACCCAUGGGCAGCUUCAAAUUCACCUCCACUCAUGCUAUUGUUGGUAUUGCAUUCACCUGGAUAAUGGCUCUGUCAUGUGCUGCCCCACCCCUUUUUGGCUGGUCCCGGUACAUGCCUGAGGGAUUGCAAUGCUCCUGUGGACCUGAUUACUACACUCUCAACCCAGAUUACCACAAUGAGUCCUUUGUGAUAUACAUGUUCGUUGUUCACUUCUUUUUGCCUGUCCUCAUCAUCUUCUUCGCAUAUGGCAGCCUGGUUUGCACAGUCAAAGCGGCUGCCGCCACCCAGCAGGAGUCUGCCUCCACCCAGAAAGCAGAGAAGGAAGUGACACGCAUGGUCAUCUUGAUGGUGCUGGGUUUCAUGGUGGCCUGGACCCCCUAUGCUACCAUGACUGGCUACAUCUUCUUGAACAAGGGAGUAGCAUUCACUCCCCAGAGCAUGGCUGUACCAGCCUUCUUCUCCAAGAGCUCAGCGUUGUACAACCCCGUCAUCUAUGUGUUGCUAAACAAACAGUUCCGUAACUGCAUGCUGACUACUCUCUUCUGUGGAAAGAACCCAAUGGGUGAGGAGGAGACCUCUACAACCAGCAAGACAGAGGUCUCUUCAGUUUCUCCAGCAUAGAAACAUCCCUCUGUCUCCACCUUCACUCAGCUCUCGAAGUUCUCACCCUUUUUAUUAUUUUAUGAACUGUAUCAAAGAAACUUCUAUUUCUAUGAUUUAAUGGAUAUAUGUAUGUUUUUUUAAAUAUAUAUAUAUAUUGAUUUGACUUUGAAAUGAAGUGUUGAUAUUUUCAAGAGAUAUGGCAUCCUAUCUUUCAAAUAUUAUAUAAUCAUCUUGCCCUGACCUGUAGCUCUCCAAAGCUCUGGCUUUCUGUUAGCAUAAAGGGAAUUUGUGACAACAGCUUUCUAAGGAACAAAGCAAAAUUAUUUCUUUUUUUACUCUUUUGUUACUUGCUGUUAUGGGAAGCAAUGUCAUUCCAGUUCACAGACAUCUUCCAUGGGUUUGUUGCUCUUGGUCCAGGAUGCAAAGCUAGCAGAGCCUUUUAACAGGAUGGGCAGUGAAUAUCUUCA